CAGGUCAAAGUGAAUCAAAGACCCCUUAUGCAAAUCUGAGGAGAAGUCAUGGACUCGUAAACAUGUUUAGCUGGGGUAUUGUGAUACCAAUAGGGGCAAUGGUUGCAAGAUACUUGAGGCAAUAUGAUCCAAUAUGGUUUUACUCUCACACCACCAUUCAAUCACUUGGCUUUCUCCUUGGAUUUGCGGGUAUUAUCUGUGGUUUUAUUCUCGAAGAUCGUCUUAGUGUUGAUGUUGAUAGACACAAAGCCCUUGGCAUCUUCAUUCUCGUUCUUGGUUGCUUGCAGGUUAUUGCAUUUUUGGCUCGACCAGGCAAGGAAUCGAAAAUGAGAAAAUAUUGGAAUUGGUACCAUUACACACUGGGAAGGGUUCUGAUACUUUUGGCAGCAGUAAAUAUUUUCUAUGGAAUCUAUUUAGGAGAUGCAGGGACUGCUUGGAAUGUUGGUUUUGCUGUUACUCUAUUUAUUUUGUUCAUCACUGCUGCCAUUCUAGAGAUCAGAAUGUGGAUGACCACAAAAUAGAAAUCUUCUCUACAUCAUCCAUUCAUGUAUUAUGAGCAUUUUGCUUUAUAUUCUUCUUCAUAUUUCUUCCAAAUAUCAUAAAUUCUUUGAGGGUCUUA